AUGCUUCGCUCGAUCAUCUCCACCGCUGCGCGCCGCCAGUUUGCUGCCUCGGCACCCAAGACUCUUCGCGCUGCUGCAUUCAGCACCACUUCGGCUGCCCGCGACCAGCCAUCGCUGCACACGCUCAGCGAGGACGAGCAGAUGAUGAAGGACACGGUCGCCCGGUUCGCUCGCGAGGAGAUGGACGAGAGCGAGCAGAUGGAUCCGGCUGUCAUCAAGGGCCUGUUUGAGACCGGCCUCAUGGGUGUCGAGACCCCUGCCGAGCUGGGCGGCGCCGAGGCCUCGUUCCUGUCCGCCAUUCUGGUCAUCGAGGAACUGGCCAAGAUCGAUCCGUCGGUCAGUGUGCUGUGCGACGUCCACAACACGCUGGUCAACACGGUGUUCCGCACGUUCGCCAGCGACCACCUGAAGACCAAGUACUUGCCCCAGCUCGCCGAGGAGAAGCUUGGCUGCUUCUGCCUCUCGGAGGCCGGGUCCGGCUCGGAUGCCUUUGCGCUGCAGACACGUGCCGAGCUCAAGGGCGACCACUACGUGCUGAAUGGCUCCAAGAUGUGGAUCACAAACUCGGGCGAGGCCGAUGUCUUUUUGGUGUUUGCGACAGUCGAUCCCUCGUUGGGCUACAAGGGAAUCACAUGCUUUGUCGUCGACCGCGACAUGGGCGUGAAGAUCGCAAAGAAGGAGAAGAAGCUGGGCAUCCGCUCGUCCUCCACCUGCCAGCUGGCGUUCGACGAUGUCGUAGUGCCCAAGGAAAACGUGCUUGGCGAGGUCGGAAAGGGAUACAAGAUUGCCAUCGAGAUUCUCAACGAGGGCCGUAUCGGUAUUGCUGCCCAGAUGGUUGGUCUUGCCCAGGGUGCGUUCGAUCACGCCAUGCCGUACCUGUUCCAGCGCAAGCAGUUCAACUCGUUCAUUGGCGACUUCCAAGCCAUGCAGCACCAGUACGCCCAGAUCGCUGUUGACAUUGAGGCUGCCCGUCUUCUCACCUACAACGCUGCGCGCUUGAAGGAGGAGGGCAAGCCCUUCGUCAAGGAGGCCGCCAUGGCCAAGCUGUAUGCCUCGCAAGUCGCUGAGCGUGCCUCGUCGAAGGCUGUCGAGUGGCUGGGCGGUGUGGGCUUCACCCGCGAGUUCCCCGUCGAGAAGUUCUACCGCGACUGCAAGAUCGGUGCUAUUUACGAGGGCACCAGCAACAUUCAGCUGCAGACCAUCGCCAAGUUCCUGCGCAAGGAGUACAGCGAGUAAGCCGACUAGGCUGCAUGUUAGAUAUCUUACGACAAAAGGGCUUUUAAAUAUAAGAUACCUUUAACC